UGGCCUCGCGCCCCUCCAAAUCACAACCACACCACCAGGCGCCAACCUGCCAAGCCCUGCCUGCUCCGUUGCCUGGCCAUCCCCGUCCCUCUCAUCCGGCCUCCGCCUUGCGGGAACCAUGGCCAACUCCUGCCCCUCCACCGCCGCGCGCGCGGCGCUGCGCUUGGCCUGUCCCAAGUUCUCGGCCGACGCCGCGGGGACGCAGCUCCUGCUCCAGCUUCAGGUCCAGUACGCGUCCGUGUUCCCGCGUCCGGCGCGGGGGCACAAGCGUCUCGUGGCCGACAACCUCGCCGCGCCCCUGGUGCCCGUGGCGCGGAGGCGCGGGCUCGCGGUCACCGCGAUGGUGUCGCAGGAGGAGGCUGCGGCGACGGCUGUCGAGGAGGAGGUCGCCGAGGGACAGUUGCUAGAGCAAGAUGAGGUCGCGGAACAAGAGCAGCCGGAACAGGAGAAAGAUGGGGCCGCCGAGGCCAGCUCGGACGACGGUGGCCCGUCGGAGGCGCCGAUCACCACCACUACCAAGCUGUACUUUGGGAACCUGCCGUACAACUGCGACAGCGCGCAGCUCGCCGGCAUUGUGCAGGAGUACGCCAGCCCGGAGAUGGUCGAGGUGUUGUACGAUCGUACCACGGGAAGAAGCCGAGGGUUCGCCUUCGUGACAAUGACCACAGUUCAAGACUGCGAGCUGGUCAUCAAGAACCUCGACGGCACCCUGUACGGUGGCCGGACGAUGAAGGUGAACUUCGCUGACCGACCGAAACCAAAGCUGCCACUGUACCCGGAGACGGAGCACAAGCUCUUCGUCGGCAACCUGUCGUGGACAGUCACCUCAGAGAUGCUCACGGAGGCGUUCCAGCGGUGCGGCAACGUGGUCAACGCAAGGGUGCUCUACGAUGGUGAAACCGGUCGGUCAAGGGGCUAUGGCUUCGUCUGCUACUCCACCAAGGAGGAGAUGGACGAGGCGCUUUCCUCGCUCAACGGAAUGGAAAUGGAAGGCAGGGAAAUCAGGGUCAACUUGGCCCUUGGAAAGAAGUAGCAGAGUGGAGAUAGGGAGGAAGAUGCAAUUGACAUGUGAUGCCUGCUUGCAAUGCAAAGAAUGAAAUGCGACCAAGACGGCGACACUUGUCGGAGCGCAUUGCAGGAGCAGGGGCAAGGAAAAAGAAGUGUUUCUGAUCUAGCAUAGCAUGAAAAUUUUGUUGCCAUCUUGUUUAUAUUUAGCAAAGACGGUUCAUACAUUAAGAAUUGUGAUUCUUAUGGUUUUGAGGUAUUGGUUACUAGUGGCCAGUGGUCCAUAGUUCCAUUCUCUUGGAACUAGGAUUUUUUUUAAUCUGUCUAAAUUGUUUGAUGGCUCCUCUGAUCACUGGAGCACCAA